UUCAGCAGAAAUCGAUUCAGCAGCACAAAGCCAAACAUGAACAGAGCAACCACUAUAAUGAUUGUCAUCCUGUUUCUGUGUGCCUUUACUACACAGGGUAUUCCAAUCUCAGGCAGUCAAGGACGUUGCCAGUGCCUUCAGACCACCUCCAAUCCUAUCAAUCCGAGGCACAUCAUGAGUUUGAAAUACAUUCCCAAAGGAUCACACUGUGAGACACUGGAAAUAAUUGUGACCAUGAAAAAUGGGAAUAGAUUUUGUGUGAGUCCUGAUGCCGGGUGGAUGAAGAUUAUCAUUAAAGCUACAAAAGGUGCCAGACUACACAACUGAGAAAUGAAGCUGCAAUGGGAUGGACUUGAAUCUGCACCUGCAAUAUUUAAAUGAAGGAGCCUCUGUCCAGGGUGUUCACUCUCUGAUGUCACCUUCCGUUAGGUUGUUCCAGUAGAUGCCCUGCAUUGAUUCCUGAAGCUUAUUUCGCUGUUUAACCCUGUCACGCUGUAAUUGUUGAUACAUGGCCUAAGAAAGCAGGCUGGUUUUGUGAAACUUUGUAACAAAACUAAGUUCUUUUUCACAGGAUGUGUUUCAAGGUGUAUAUAGUUAUUAAGAAUAGCGUCUGGUAGUUUUACAAGUUACUGCUUCACUGAAAUGAAUUUGUUAACAGUUCCCUAUUAAGUGUUGAAAAAUAAUUUCCAAUCAUCAAAAAUUGAUGUAGAAAAGAAAUAUUAAAAGGCUUGUGAACUUAUGGGAAAAUGUAAAUGAAACAGAUAAUGUCAGUUGUAAAUUUUAAUGUUUGAAAUAAGAGUAGCAAUUGAUGUCAAUUUUGGAAUAACUUGAUUGUGAUAGCAUUGGAGGUAGGGGAAGCUUAAUGAUAGUGCAAGGCAAAAUGAGACAGUAAUGGGACAAGAAAAUGAUCAAAAGCUAUGUCUAGUUCAGGUGUAAAUCGAACAAUGCAGAAUCAACACCAACAGCUACUGACCAAAUGAAUGAUGAGGGAUUGGGGGAGAGGUUAUGAUCUGAAAUUGUUGAAUGCAAUGUUGUUAACCGAAGACUGUAAAUUGACCAGUGAGAUGAUGUUCCCUGAGCUUACAUUUAUCUCCAGUGGAGCAGCAAAGGAAGAUGAGGACAAAGUUCAGAGUGGAAGUAGAUUGGAGAAUUACUGUGAUGUAACAUUUUUACAACUCAUUUAUUGCAAUUUUCAUUUUGCUGCUGAAUAUUGGUA